UGGAGGACGCGCAGCCCGAAGCUGAUAAAUAAGGGGCCGAGCCGCGGCCGACGGCCAAGUUGGGCGCCCCGACCCGAGCGAGGGCCAGGUCAGCGCCGGCCCGGCGAGGCGAGGCGAGGCGAGGCGACCCCCGUGCGGCCAUGGCCUCGCUGCUGGGCGCUUACCCGUGGCCCGAGGGGCUCGAGGGCCCGGCCCUGGACGCCGAGCUGUCGGAUGGGCUGUCCCCGCCGGCCGCCCCCCGCCCGCCGGGGGACAAGGGCCCGGAGAGCCGGAUCCGGCGGCCCAUGAACGCCUUCAUGGUGUGGGCCAAGGACGAGAGGAAACGUCUGGCGGUGCAGAACCCGGACCUGCACAACGCCGAGCUCAGCAAGAUGCUGGGGAAGUCGUGGAAGGCGCUGACGCUGUCGCAGAAGAGGCCCUACGUGGACGAGGCGGAGCGGCUGCGCCUGCAGCACAUGCAGGACUAUCCCAACUACAAGUACCGCCCUCGCAGGAAGAAGCAGGCCAAGCGCCUCUGCAAGCGCGUGGACCCCGGCUUCCUGCUGAGCUCCCUGUCCCGGGACCAGAACGCCCUGCCCGAGAAGCGCGGCGGCCGCGGGGCGCUGGGCGAGAAGGAGGACGGGGGUGAGUACUCGCCGGGCUCCGCGCUGCCCAGCCUGCGCGGCUGCUACCACGAGGGGCCGGCUGGCGGCUGCGGCACCCCUGGCAGCGUGGACGCCUACCCGUUUGGGCUGCCCACGCCCCCGGAAAUGUCGCCCCUGGACGUGCUGGAGCCGGAGCAGACCUUCUUCUCCUCCCCGUGCCAGGAGGAGCACGCGCACCCCCGCCACCUCGCCCACCUGCCCGCGCCCGCGUACUCACCGGAGUACGCCCCCAGCCCGCUGCACUGCGGCCACCCCCUGGGCGCCCUGGCGCUCGGCCCGUCCCCGAGCGUCUCUAUGAUAUCCACGGUACCCGGCUGCCCCCCGUCGCCUGCCUAUUACUCCCCUGCCACCUACCGCCCCCUCCACUCCAACCUGCACGCCCACCUGGGCCAGCUCUCCCCGCCUCCCGAGCACCCCGGCUUUGACGCACUGGAUCAGCUGAGCCAGGUGGAACUCCUGGGGGACAUGGAUCGAAAUGAGUUCGACCAGUAUUUGAACACUCCUGGCCACCCAGACCCUGUUGCAGGGACCGUGGCCCUCAGUGGGCAUGCCUCGGCCUCCCAGGUGACACCGACGGGCCCCACGGAGACCAGCCUCAUCUCCGUGCUGGCUGAUGCCACGGCCACGUAUUACAACAGCUACAGCGUGUCAUAGAGCCGGGGCCGCAGCCCUCCCCGCCCCGCGCCCCGACAGAGCGGCCGCGACCCCGCAGAGCUGCGGCUCCCACCGCCCCGGGCGGGCAGGCCUGGACUGCCGCUGGCGCCGGGGCUCUGCGAUCCGCCCGGGCCCUUCCCCUGAAGGGGGCUGUGCUGAUCCCCGCGCCCCCUCCACUCCCUCCAGCCUGCAUUUUGAGUAUUUUCCUUCAAAUGAGUUUUCAUUGGCUGCACCUGGGAAUAAGGCGAGGUAGGUGCUGAAAGGUGCUGUUUCCCGGUGGCUUUUUCACUGACCUCUCCUCCCUGUCCCCAUCACGAGGACAAAUGCAUAAAAAGCCCAGCAGUAUUCUCACCUCUUUUGCUAAUGACACAGCCGCAGGGGUAGAGCCCUGCUGAUGUUUGGGUCCAUCAGGGGAGGCGAGCCUCCCGCUGGGAUCCCAGGCCUGCUCUGCUUCAGAGGGCUGGUGAACCCCCACUGGCAUCUCUUCUCCCAAGAGCCCCUCACCCCCACCUGUAAAGUCAAGGACAGACUUGACAUCAAAGUUUCCCUCUCUGCUCCAGGGUCUUCUGAUGUAGGAUUCUUUCAAAGCUAACUAAAAGGAAAAUGAAGUUUGAUUCAUUAGUAGGCUCAUGAACAGGCCGGCAGGUGGUAAUUCUACAUGCACAGCCCAAGAGCAUGGGGCUUUCUGCACGGCACUGCCUUCCCAAACGAUCCUAGUCUUCUAAAGGGACUCUUUUCCAAUUUGAGAAAAAGCAGUCAUUGUGAUCUGGGAAAUUAACCACUAGGGUUGACUGCAUCACUGAAAAUGAGAUUGAAUUCAAGUCUGUUUUUUAUUUUUUACGUAAGUUCUUUUCUUUUUAUUAAACAUGUAUUUCAAGAGAUAUACACAGCCUGAAUGUAUACAGUGUGUGUGACACACACAACACACACACCUUCAUGAACACAGUUGGAUGCAUGUCUGGCAGCCUAAGGCAGACACUCUUGUUGACGUUGGCAUCUUUCGGUCAACUCCCUGUUCCUAACGCCACAAAGAGCAGGGAACCUAAAAAAUUUCAACAAAGCAGCACCACUUACCUUCUAUGUGGAUGUGCUGAUUUCUUGAGCAAGAUUUCAGCACACUGCAGACACAGAAGGAACCUCCUCCCUGCGGUCUCUGUCUCCCUCUCCUGAGAUCUCUUUCUCUCUCCUUCCUGGCCCUGCUUCCACCUGAGUUGCCAUUAAUUCAAAGGUGCCCUGACCUCAAACUCUGAAGCAUGAUUCCUAUGGCUGAGAUGGGAAUUGGUUCUUCUCGCCAGCCAGCUGGUUCUUGGUAACAUCUUCGGCCAACACUUCAAAACAACUUCCCCAUUUAUUCUAUUACGUUCCAGAGAACAGAAACACCUGGGAUUCAGAAAGUUUCUGAGCCCUGACCCUACCUGGAAAACAUCCCCAUCCUUCUCCCAAACCUCCUUUGAAGGAACCUACCCAGCAGUGGGCUAAAAGACAGUUGUUUGUCUUUUGAUCUCAGUAUAUUAUUGCCUGUAUAAGUGUUUUAUAUAUUCUCCUAUUAUUUUCACCUUAUAUUUUGUAUUGUUGAAAGAUUUUUUUUCCUUCUGAGGAGUCCCAUUGUAAAUCACUCAUAAGAUAUAAUUAAUCUUUAUGCUAUUACUGUAUAUGACACUUGGUAAUAAAUAGUAAAUCAUUGAUUGGUGCAGCCCAGAACUGGCCUUCAUGAUCUUGUAAAAUAUCAUCACAGACAUUAAGCUAAACUGUUCCGUUUCUUUUUUGUAAGAACUACACAGGCUUUGGAACAGUUAGAGAUACUGGUUUGUCUAAAAUAUUUAAUUUAAAUAAAUGUUUUUGUACCGUGA